AUGCAACUUGACAGCUAAACAACUUAAAGGGACACGCCUGCCUCCUGUGAAGAUUGCAGCCAAUCGCACAAAACACUACAUAAGAUUCUCAACGGGCGCUGACCUGUUGAAUUAUUGACUUCAAACGACAGAGGAGUUGAGAUAAUUCAUGGUGUUGCGAUUGACUGGAUUUGAAUUGAAGAGAACAUGAAAACUAGGAUCAUUGCGGACGUUGCAGACCGGGACAAAACUGCUUCCAUGCGCAUUCAAAAAGAGACGAUGAUGAGGAGAAGAAGAUGUCUCUUGCUGGUACUGGGCAUGCUCUGUCUCUCUCUCCUCCUGGUUGUCCUCGGGAUCUACACAACCACACGCACAGAAAGUUUGAGCAUCAUCGGUUACUCCUCCGGAGUCAUUUUGGCUUUUGGAUCCUUCUUGGGUGUUCUUGGACUCUGUCUUGAGGAAAACCGCAAGCAGCUGAUUGUGGCAGCCAUCGUUUUUCUCAGCCUCGGGGUCAUGACCUCUUUCCUCUGCCUGGUGGUGGAUGGUGUCUUCAUCGUCUUCAACAUGGAUGUGCGCCCCCUGAAGGCUGGCAGAUGUCAAUUCUACACCAGCGGAAGCAGCUACAUCUAUGAAAACUAUUACGCCGCUGUGCCCUGCCGCGGACUAGUAGAGUCCUGUACCAUGAAUGUACGCAGCGGGACCUGCUACUGCUGUGACCUCUACGACUGUGCCAAUGGAGGAUACAUGAACAACUACUAUGAGUUUGUGGGUGUGCAGAGCUGCCAGGAUGUGAUGUCAUUGUACUUGAUGAUCUGGCUCAUGACCAGCCUUAACCUAGUGGCCUUCUUCAUGGGUAUCCUCACCACAGCUGUGCUGGGCAGCGUUAAAGACCUGAAGAGCUUCACCUCGCAGUUGUCCUCGGAAGGGGGAGAUGUGUCCUCUCCCACAGCCCCCCUGCUGAUAGAGUCCAACACACAUGCUGGGAACCAGAGACAGUCCCCGUAUUUCUCACCAGGCAUUCUCUCUGGCAGCCAGACUGACUCCCUAGAAACCUCCUCUCCAGAUCCAAACCCCCCUCCCUUUGCACCCCUCUAUAACCUUCUGCCCUUCAAGUCCCAAGGAUUCUCCGUCUAAUGUCCACUGCUGGUCACCACUACCCAUCUCCACCGGACAUAUCACCUGCAGUAUCAUCACCCCACCACAUCACCACCCCGACGAAUCAUCACACUGAUACAUAACCACUUCCACUCAUCGCAACCCCAAAAUACCACCAUCACCCAUCACAUGACACAUCACUAUCUAACACAUCACAACUAGAUACAUCACCAUCUAACACAUCACAACUAGAUACAUCACCAUCUAACACAUCACCACACCAACAUCAUCCUCCUCAACCAACAAAUCUGUAUAAUAUUUGUUUCUAGGAACAGUAAACACGACAAACAUGAUGUGACAGACCAUGUGAAGAGAAGCAUUCGCAACACAAGGAGACAAAUCUAUGGAAAAAUGUACUGCACAAAAUUGUAAUGUAUCCCAAUAAUCAGUAACCCUUAAUUCGAAGAAAAGGUGACGUUUGUUAAAUAUGGUGUCAAAUGUACAUGAAAUGUAAAUAUCUCAUUUGGAUUGAGUUGUCUAUCAUGUUUUGAAUGCAUAACACAACCGUUAAGACUCACUAAGACAACAACUGUUAAAACUCAUAAAAACCUUUGUGAAAUGUAUACUGUAGGUUUACAUAUACAAUAUAUACCUUGUAUACUACAUUGUGACUAUAAGGUUGCAUAAUAAAAACGUAGGUGCUGUUUGAUCCAA